CAUGGACACCCCCGAAAGCUAACGUGUCGGCUCGUAGUUAGGAAAACCUCGGUAUUAAAAGUGGGAGGUGGCCAAAAAGCAAAAGCCUACCUGCUCUGCUGAAUGGAGGAAUCACCUGCUGCCCCAACCAAAAGGAUAUAAAUAAAUCCUCCGCAGUCGAGCAGUGAAUGAAGAUGAGAAUACAAAGAAGACUUUGAUUCUACUUCUAUUUUCCAGUUCUUCAGCAUCAGGGUAAAGACUUAAUGGAUUUAAAACAAAAAGUUCUUGCUUCAGUGCCCCAUAGCCAGAAUGAAAAGAAACAUGGCCGCAACACUGUAAACAAGCACAGGCUAAAUGAUGGGAGCUCAGCAAAUGGCACAACAGGGCACAAGAAACCCAGUGUAGGUCCCGGCGCAAAGAUGGAGCCCACAACCGGAGCCAAGAGCAAAGCGAAAACCGCAGCACGAAACACGCAGCAGGACAAUUUCAGUGAAAGUUCGUCUGAGAGCACAGAGGAAGAGGAACAGCCAGAACGCAGUCCUCAGAACAACGCAGACUUGCCCACUGAGUACUGGCAGAUCCAGAAACUGGUGAAACACCUUGAGGAAGGUGAUCAAACGGCCACCGUCCUAACUCUGUGUGCCAUGAUGGGCCUCAAUUUGAUGCAGGACAUGUGCCAGCUGGCCAUCUGGGACUUAGGUGGCCUUGAAAUCAUGCUGAACCUACUCGACACAAAUGAAGUCAAAUGCAAGAUUGGAUCUCUCAAAAUCUUGAAGAAGAUCAGUAACAAUGUGCACAUCCGUUGGGCCAUCGUUGACUUCGGAGGUCUGCAGAGGAUUGUCAAGACACUGGACUCCCGCGUUGCAGACCUUAAGGCUUUAGCCGCGGAGACCCUCGCCAUUGUGGCUACAUUCAGAAGAGCGAGAAGAAUCGUCAGGCAGUGUGGUGGAAUUAAAAAAAUGGUGAAACUGCUGGACUGUGUUCCGACUUUUGCUCGGCCGAACCCCAAGCAUGAGAAGGAUCUGGAUGUGGCUCGCUGUGGGGCGUUGGGCCUCUGGAGCUGCAGCCAUGGGAGCAAAAACAAGGAGGCGAUCCGAAAGGCUGGCGCUAUACCUCUGCUUAUACGACUUCUUAAGUCCAACGAAACAAGCAUGCUCAUCCCUGUAGUGGGCACCCUGCAGGAGUGCGCCUUGGAGGAGAAGUAUCGGUCAGCUGUUCAAACUGAAGCCAUGAUAAAAGAUCUUGUCAAAAACCUGAGCAGUGACUGUAAAGAGCUGCAAAUGAGUUGCGCAACUGCGAUCUUCAAGUAUGCCGAAGACAAGCACAUCCGCGACCUUGUGCGCAUGUACAAUGGUCUUCCUGCUCUGGUGUCGCUGCUGAGCAUAGCAGACAACAAGCAGCUCCUGGCCGCCGCCACUGGAGCCAUCUGGAAGUGUUCCAUGUGCGCCAAGAAUAUGGCCAUGUUCCAAAGGUAUAACACCCUUGAGACGCUAGUUGGCCUGUUGUCCCGCCAGCCUGAGGAAGUGCUGGUCAAUGUUGUUGGCGCUUUGGGAGAGUUUGCUGAGAUUCCCGCGAACAAAGUCACCAUCCGCAAGUGCAGUGGCAUCAAGCCCCUCAUCAAUCUGCUGACUGAGACAAACCAGGCGCUGCUGGUGAACGUAACCAAGGCUGUGGGAGCAUGUGCGACAAACAAGGAUAACAUGGUAAUCAUUGAGCAGCUUGAUGGGGUUCGUCUGGUGUGGUCCUUGUUGAAGAACCCUUGCUCACACGUUCAGUCCAGCGCUGCCUGGGCCCUGUGUCCAUGUAUAGAGAACGCAAAGGGCGCGGAGGAAAUGGUUCGCUCGCUCGUCGGUGGAUUGGAACUGAUUGCUAAUUUGCUGAAGUCGAAAGACAACGAGGUGCUGGCAAGCAUCUGUGCUGUCAUCGUCAAAAUCGCCAAAGACAAGACGAACCUGGCAAUCCUCACCGAUUGGGGGGUCGUCCCAUUACUGGCCAGCCUGACAAGCACAACCGAUGACAGACUCCGCUGUUACCUGGCCCAAGCCAUCAGCCACUGCUGCCUGUGGGGGAGCAACAGGACGGCCUUUGGAGUGGCUGGAGCGGUGGCGCCGUUGGUGCGCUACCUGAAGACUGAUAACAAUUCAGUCAAACAGAGCACAGCCAUGGCCCUCUACCAGCUGUCCAAGGAGCCACGGAAUUGCAUCACCAUUCACAGAGAAAAAGGGCUUAAGAUCCUCGUCAGGCUCAUGGAAUCCGAUGAUGAGGUGCUUCAUCGUGCCUCCGCCGGCUGCGUGCGGAACAUCCGUCUCCUGGCUGAGGCCAACAGGGAUUCCAAGUUAUUCAAAUGAAGCUCAGUGGCGGCGCCAGCGCUCACCAGCUCGCAGACUCUGUCCACGCUCAUGCAACAGGUGACACCAAAUUUGUCCCUCGACAUGAGAAAGAGUUGGGAUUUCAUGAAUCCUGAUGGUCGGUACCUGAGCUAGGAUUCAUUUGUUAGUUACCUCACUAAAUCGUGGACCCAAGUGUGCAACUUUCCAUGGAAUCCUGUGAUUACAGAACAGAACCCGUGACAGCGCCAGCAACCCGUCUCAUUCCUAAUGAACCCUCAUAGCCCGACUGUCAAUGUCCCGUGCAGUAGACUGUUGUAGCUUCAGGCUGCUUCAGAUUUGAAUUAUUUGAUGCUUCGCACUGAUCUGCCCACUUUCCAGCACUCCCAUCGCAGUAUCGGUCCAUGUUUCCUUUGUCUGAGUUUACUUUAUUCCUCAGUGUAAGACCUACACACUCUUUCCAUUUCAGCUUCAACAACAGUGUAAUCAGGAAGACUAAACAAGACGAUGAAAAAAUAUAUGUUUUACAUAACUGAUGAGGUGGAAUCUCUUUGCUUUCCACUCAUCUCUUCUGGAGUCUCUAUGAAUAUCUGAAGAAUCUGCUCAGUGACUGUUGCAGUGAUGUACCUCUGUGUAGAGUGUAGGAAACAAUAAAACUGUGAACGUGGUAAAAUAUAACUUGAGACAGACUAAAUCAUCUUGUGGACGACAGAUGAAGAUCUUUAUAUCAUCAAAUGUUUAAUUCAUUUUCUGGCUCUGAGCAUUGAGUCUCACUCAGCAGGAGAGAGAAAUCAUGUACAUUCACUCAAAUGAUUUGAAAUAGUAAAUAAAUACUUGCAGGCUCAUGCAGCGUCACUAAAUCAAGAGAAAUGGGAAUUUGUUUUUAAAAGAUGAGUUGUUUGUGAGGCAGUUUUGGAGAAAAGGAGGGGGAACUCAUUUGGUGAGUUUGAGUUUUGUGAUUGUCACGAACAUGCAGUUACUGAUCCACCACAUCACAUCGGGAGAGAUUGCGGAAAAACUUUUGUCAUGGUUACGUUGAGAUUACUGGAAGAACAGUCUGGAGCACUGCACUGGAUGCCGUAAACCAAUGGAUUGUGGGGUUCACUUCCCCCACUGAUCCAUCUUUUGCCACAAUAUGUCUGUGCUCCAUUUGUCUACAAACGUGGAUCGAUAAAGUUCAUGGACUGACCUACUGAUAUUUGUUGUCUUCCUGGAAAUUUUAGUUAAACGUCAUCACUUUAUAAACUUAUUUUCUUGUUAUUUUCAAAGGAAACACAUUAUUUUAUGUGAUCACUGCUCUUGUACCAAUCCUUCUCCUGCUCAUUGAGCAGGAAUUUCUACCAUUUCUAUAUUUUCUCACUUCUAAGGCAUCAUAUAUCGACGAUUCUCAAGUGGACUAUUGCGUUUCCUGAGGCUGUGUGCAGUACGUCAGUCAUGUAGAAGAAAGAUGUUGGUGGGUGUUAAGGUGUGUUCCUUUUAAUCUGGAUAUUCAUUCCUGCCACUUGGUUUAUAUAGCUCCACAAAUUAUUAUGUGUUUUAAACAAGGUGCGCACAGUCGUCUCCCCCCGUGGAUCCUAUCCCCAGCCCCUUCUUUUAAAUGUCCACUCGAUUUGAUACACACGAUACUCGAUAUGUGACGCCCUAGUCGUAAGACUGUGUUAAGUUUGUACUGAGCAAUUGUCACGUUGUUUAGACUUGUUCUGCUGCUGUGCCGAAAUGGAGGGAUUGAGGUUAAGUCUUUAGUCUUCUUUCCACCCAGAGUAGAAUGAGAUGUCAUGAAUACCCCUUGAGAACUUGAGUACAGUGCUAUGUUGUGAAUGAAAAAUUGACUUGCAGCCCCAGUACUUGAGAGGUAAACCAGAGCUAUUCUUUCUCUGUUCGCUCCAAUUCAGCCUGCAACAGUGUGAGAUGUAAUGAACAAACCUAUUGAGAAGUCAACAAACCAUUUCUGUUGUCAUACUGCUAAGCUAACAUGAACAGGGAACAUUUUGCCACCCAUUAGAUGGCAACAUAAAUGUCGUAAAUAAAAUAACUUCAGACAGAUGGACUCUUUCCAUCCGCACAGUCGUAGCUUGUUACAUGCUUGUUAGCAUGAUUGUUAGCAUGAUGGAUGUGGAUAUUACCAACAGUGAUGUGACUUUGUUUACAUGUCUAUCUGCCUGCAACGCCGUUGUCCUGGUCCCAGUUAGCGCAGAACCCUUUCCGGUCGACCACAGAAGCUGCCACAGAGUCUCACGGGACUUCCAUCAUUAAUAUCUGCCAUGUGCUAAAAUAGAAAAUUAGCCGAUCAUUGAACAUGUGUGGUUGAAAAUCGUCCUCAGUCUUUGAAGCCUAAACGCAUCCAGCUGCUGGCGCGGGUCACAGCGAGAGCACAGGGGGAGGAUGAGUGAGCAGACUGUUACGCAAAGACACAACUCGGUCCCAAAUAAAUAAAGCAGUGAACAAAUAAAAAUACCUCAGUAGCUUUGCGGUCAAAUAUCGUUAAUGUUAAGGACUUUGCGGCUUGAGCUGCAUCUCCUGUGUCACCCGACGUUGUUAGCGCUCCAUUUUUUUUUCAUGGCUGCUUGUAAUUUCCCUGUCAGUUCUGGUUCUGUAGAAUUUCAGACGUAAUGAAGUCGAGAUUCUGAUUUGUGAACAUCUCAGUGAACUGCCCCGACCUUUACGUUGUGAACCUGAUGUUGAACUCAGAAGGGAGGCGACUUUGAGGAAGUCUAGUAAGUUGGUUUUCGGGACCAUGGCCCUGGGGCUCAUUGGUCAUAAAGCCACAGUUGAGAGUAUUAGUCGUGCCACAAACCCUCUGAGAACCGAAACUGCCACUUUUUUUUGGCUUGCCGUCCGACACAGGGACAUUAUUCAGGGGAAAUUAGAGGUUCUGCAUCCACGCCUUGGCAUAGCCGGCAAUUAGGUCCGGCUCUGGCCCUUCUGGUCACCAUUCAAGAGCCCAUGCUUCUCAUCACCUCACGGAAGAGAUGAAAAUAGUGGAGGGAUAUCCCCAAUGUUGUUGUCCUUGUUUAGAGGGAAAAUGCAUCUACCACACCCGCGUCUCGCCAUCGGCCUGACCUUCACCCGUCCAGCAGAUGUUUCCCAGAGGCCGAGGUGACCCAUGCAACCACACUCCUGCACUUUUUUGCGUAUCACAGACGGCAUAUCCCCUCAAACCCUGUAAUGUUUCUUCCUGUUUGUCUCGGUGGGUACAGUAGUAAACACAUGAUAGACACUGUAUUAUUGGCUCUCUUUUAGAGUCAAGCUGUUGCGAUGUCCCCGGGCACUUUGCAGCAAUAUAUCAUGAAAGCAGCCAAUAAGUUGUGAAAGUAAUUUCUAAAUAUUAGAUGUGGCUCUUGCCCUUCCUUCUGCAUCCAGCCUUUUGGAAACGGCAUCACAAACUGCUGUACAUCAGUGGCAGCAGUGUAGCUGGGCCGCGGAUGUUGCCAUGAAAAACAGGCGCAAACACAACAGCCUCUCAGAGCGGCAUCCAAACUUCAGGGCUUAGCUCAGAGGGCCGUCUGAACGUGUGUGCGUUUAUAUCGCGGCAUUAGCUCACGGCGUGUUCCUCACACCUUCACUGUUUGCGCAUCACAAACAACACACUGUUGGGAGACGUCCACUGCGUCCACUCUGAGAAUGUUAAAGAAGGUCUUACAAUGCGCUAAUUAAUCCCGACGUUCUCUUCCAUGAAGUGUAAACAACUCGCUAGUCUGGCGAUGAAUAAACAGAGGACCGACUGGGCAAAGGUUUGGGUCUCAUUUCCAGACCUUUAAAGUGACGUCUCCAUAAAUGUCCCUGAAAAAUGCACAUUUCUGUUAUUGGCCUUGACAGCAGGCACUUUCUUUUCUGAAUGAGGAGGACAUUAUCAAGUCUGUUUUUAUUCGUUCUGGGACUUAGGUGUCUAACUCUCGGCUUGCGGGCCAAAUCUGACCCACCAAGUCAACGAAUGCGGCCCAAAGCAAUUUCAGGGAAAUGUAGUUCUUAUUUAUAUCCCUGGAACGUAUAUCAGCUAAUGACCCACAAAGUUUGCCGUGUCUGAAAAUGCCAUUUAGGAAGUUAUUUUUAUCCAGUGGAGAUCUUAAAUGUCAAACAUCAACAUAGAAAAUUCCAAAGAAUGUUACAAAUGAUGCAUCAAAGAUGGGCAUUCGACGGGAAAGUGGAUACAUGUUUGUGCUUGGGGAAGGAAA